UUGAGCGCCUACUAUUUUCUGAGAGGUCAAGAUACAAAAAGGAGUAAGAAUUGAUUUCAGUUAAUAAGCGCCUAACUGGGAAGUGAGAGUGAUAUGCUUUACUGUGGGCUGUUUGAUGAUGUCGGAUUUGCUUUCUAUUCUGUUUCCCAACAUGACCAAAAGUGCCUUCCACGCAAGCCGCAGUUGUUGGACUUCUCAACACAAGCCAAGCUAUAUGUCCACAGCUGUCCCAGUGCGGAUUAACUGACAGGAUCCUGCUCGCAGAAGACGGAGAGACUUUGAAGAGGAUUUUCUUUGUUGGCCUCCGAUUGGAGCGGCGCUAAAACGGCGCGUUUGGAAGCGUAUUCAAACCGCGCGCCCAAGCAGUCACUUCCCGGGGAUCAAGCUUAAGGAUCGUGGGGCACCUUUGUGUUCUGCCGCCCGGUUUGUGCGCUAGGACUUCCUAACUUCUGGUAGCUGGGAGAGUGUGAAUUCCGUGCACAAACCAGGUUGAUCCCAGGUGUACACAGCCUGGACACCAGCCCACCGAGAUUUAGGCGCCACCUCUGCUGACGGCAGCUACUUCCUGGUUGUGUUGCCCUUAACCAUCAUGGCGGCCGGUUGCCUUCGGUCGGGCCCACUGCGGUUGCUCAGAAAGCCAAGGUAGGGCAAUUGGGUCCACAGCCCGCCCCCCGCCGCCGAGCUGCCGGGUGAAGCCUAAGCUGUGCAGCUAGUGGUGAAGGGGGUAUAGGAACAAGCCAAAAAAGAGUAGGACCCAACGCCGUGCCGCUCUGUGCCCACCCCUCGUCUCCCGGCACCAAGGCUCCUGGAGCCCAGGGUGUGUUUUUCUUGUCCCCGCCACUUUCCAGUCCCUGGCCCAACAUGAUACUGACCAAAGUCCAGUACGACGAGAUAGCCCAGUGCCUAGUGUCUGUGCCGCCCACCAGGCAGAGCCUGAGGAAGCUGAAGCAGAGGUUCCCCAGUCAAUCGCAGGCCACUCUGCUGAGCAUCUUCUCCCAGGAGUACCAGAAACAUAUUAAAAGAACACAUGCCAAACAUCAUACUUCAGAAGCGAUCGAAAGUUAUUAUCAGAGGUACCUGAAUGGAGUGGGGAGAAAUGGAGCGGCCCCAGUGCUCCUGGAGCUGGCCAAUGAGGUGGACUAUGCCCCCUCAUUAAUGGCUCGAAUUAUACUCGAGAGGUUUCUACAAGAGCACGAGGAAACCCCACCCUCCAAGUCUGUUAUAAAUAGUAUGCUACGGGACCCUUCUCAGAUUCCAGAUGGAGUUCUAGCAAAUCAGGUCUAUCAGUGCAUCGUGAACGACUGCUGUUAUGGACCACUGGUGGACUGCAUCAAACAUGCCAUUGGUCAUGAGCAUGAAGUCCUGCUAAGAGACAUGCUUCUGGAGAAAAACCUGUCCUUCCUAGAUGAAGAUCAGCUCCGUGCAAAGGGUUAUGACAAAACACCAGACUUUAUUUUACAAGUUCCAGUUGCUGUAGAAGGGCACAUAAUUCACUGGAUUGAAAGCAAAGCCUCAUUUGGUGAUGAAUGUAGCCACCAUGCCUACCUGCAUGACCAGUUCUGGAGCUACUGGAAUAGAUGUUGUCAUGUCACUGGAAACCAAUGCCCAGUACUGACAAAGCACAUUUAGCUCCUUUCUAGGAUCCCAGAGGCUUCAGCUCCAAUUUCCUGGUAUUCCUUAUUCAGAUUAGACCUCUAAGUUUGUGUGCUAUGAGGACUGACAGCCCGGAUCCUGCUCUGCCUGCCCAGGGCCUGGUCACACACACACUCCAUACUCCAAAGCCUGGCCCCCUCCACAGGCCCGACCUUUCAGGAUUUUAUGUAAUUUUUCAUUGACACUUAUGUCUGACAUUGCAGAUGUACUUCUCAUUGUGGAGUCUUUUAUCUACAUCGGAAUAGUUGAAAACCUCUUUUUCCUUAACUAUUACAUAGAUUAAUUCUACUUAACAAUGACAGGUUUUCCUGCUGAAACGCAAGUAGCCAAAUCCUUUUCUCUUUUCUAGCCAUUCUCCGAGUAACAUUUUAACCCCCCAGUCCGGCAUGCAGGUGCACACAUGUGCACAUGUGCACACACGCACCACUCUCACUAAUUGCUUGAGUACACAGCAAAUCCAUUUGAGAUGACAGCGAAAGGGUUAAGUUUUGACAGUCUUUUUACUGGGCUUAUUAGUGACUUAAUCUCUACACACUUCUUUCCUCCAAAUUCACCGUGAGGUACAUACACAGGCAUAAAUUAACCCAGUUGUUUCUAAUAUGAUGGCAUUCUAUAUGCAUCUUUUCCCCAGAAAGUACACUACAAAGUUGUGUUGUUUUGCCAGGUUCCUGGCCUUCUUUUAUAAAUUCUUAGUAAAAUUUCUUGCAUUGUGGUAAGAAAAAAUAUAUAUAUUCUAUCAAUUAUUUUAAAAAGCAAUAAUUCAUUAUAGUUGAUCAUAAAUGUCAGGAAGCAAAGACCCAGCUGAAGCAUUUUGUCACUAAUCAUGCUGUUUUUCUUCUAAUUAGUUAAUUUACAUUUUGCAAAUUAAGGGUAAAAUUCAGACAGAAGAUAACAUCAUAGCUUUAACUGACCUAUAUUUGUAUCUGCCAAAUUUAAGUUAAUUAGAAAUGUAGAUGCUGUUUGUUUUAUCUGUCAGAAAAGCUCAUCUUUUUUCUUAAAAAAAAAAAAGUAGACACACUUUUUUUCCCCUCAGCAUUUAUCAUCUAAAUAAUAGUCUUGCCAAGAUGGCAGCCUCAUAAUAAACUCUUUUCAGUGGAGUGAUGGGUAAUGAAGCUUGCUUGUGAAGGCAGCGAAAAAUGUUGUCUGGCCAAAUGCAUGAAUAUGAUGGCUAGAGAAUCAGUGGACUUUCUCAGUCAUCAAUCUUUUUAGUAGCCUCUUAUACAUCUGAAUAUUUUGAUAGAUGAUCUAAUAAUUGAGUUAUCUAUCUUUCUAACUAUCAGAGUUGCAUAAAAAUUAUUCUCACAUGCUACUGAAUAUUAAAUAUAUUAGGCAUUCAGUAAAUUUUUCAUAAAAGGGCCAAAAGGUGAAAGAUUUUUGUUAUUCUAUAAAUACCUCUUAGUAUAUUGAGUGUUAGGCUCUCUGAAAUAGUCAACCCUUAAUUCCCUCUGUGAGAAGUAGGUAUAUACUUAAAAAGGUGGACAUCCCUAGUACAAGUAGGGCAUGUAAUAGUCACUACAGCUGGUGAAAAGUCAACCCUGGUGAACAUAUGGUCACAGCUCAGUUGUGUAAAGUGGAAUGAAUGUCCUUGCUGGCCUAACACCAGUGGCACAUUUAAUGUGGCACAGGAUUUCCAGACAAAGAAGCACAGGUGAUGUAGGUGGCACAGAGUGACCAUAUGAUUUUGAUGUGGAAGAUCAUUUUGAGAGGAAGAUGAUCCUACCAGGAGGGGAAACUUCUGCCUACCUAGCAUUUCAGCUGGUGGCCCCGAACUACUCCAGUAUUCUCUUAGUGCAUAAGUAGUUCCUUCCCCCAGUACGGCUUUAUAUUGUGUUGUGUUGUGUUUUUUGUCCUAUACUCUCUGUGAAAAGCUUAUCAACAAGUGUGCUCCCCUGGGAUUGAAAAGCAGGCAAGGACAAUUGGCAGGAGACAUUACCAGAUAGGCUUUCCCCUCCCCUCUGCCCCUACUAUCCACAUCUUCAAGGUGAUCUAGCUGUGAUGACUUCCCUGGAACCACAUUAAAAUCGUCCUGCCCUGGAAGAGCAGACAUUUGUUUGUAAGUGUGAAGGUUUACCAAUCCUGUGCAUCUUGAAAGGCACGCAAAUGAGCAGGGCCUUGUAAAUUGGAUUUCUAUUAGCCAGUCCUGAUGGUAGCUCUUCAUCAGUGGGAUGGGAAGAAGUGCUAUCAAUAGCUCCAGCUCUAAAUAUCUUUUUUUUUUUAAUGACACACUUACUUUUGAUCUGCCUCAUCCAAAAUGGCGAUACAUGCUAAAAUCACCAGAAUUAAUUGUGUUUAAUGUUUUAAAUAAACCUUAAAAUAUGGACAUCGGCUAUUUUUACAUGCUUUUCAACUUUGAAGAGCAUUUGAAACAACAGAGACAUAAUGGUCAGAAACAAAUAUGUCAAAAAUGUCUUCAGCUUGCUCUCCUUUCAGUUCCUCACAUUGAUUUCAGCUCACGGUUGUGCUAUUUAUAAAAGUUUGGAAUGAUAGACUGUCUUUCUCUUCAUUUCCUGGAUUGAAAAUAAUAAUUGAGAAGGAUAAAACCAAUUGUGGAAAUCCCUCUACGGCUUACGUCUGAGGAAUUAUUCCUGUCUGGUAGUUUGAUCUUUUUUUGGUUUCAAGAAUUUUGCUUCUGUAAUUUGAGGUUGGGGGAAAAGCAUAUUUUAUUGUAGAAGCUACAACUGGAAAUUUUAAACUCUUAAGUAUCUAUUUAAAAUUAUAUAUUUAAAGCUAUUUGAAAUAGCCAUAUUGGGGAAGUUUAGGGGAGGGAAUAGUCUUUUCUUAAUCAAAGUAGCAAACAUCUGUGUUCUUUCUAGUCUGUCUUUUGAUUAGCAUGGCCUCAUCCAUCACUGGUCUUUGAUAUGAACACCAAGAAGUCAUGUCCUUUUGUUUUAAAUGAUAAAUAUGCCUUUGUCAUGAAUACUCAUAGGCAACCCAGGAUUUACAUCUGAAUUGUCAAAGUGUAACUGCCCAGCUCCUGUGAUGAGUAACAUUAUUAGUGAAAUAAAGAAGUUUUUAAUUUGUCAUGGAUAGGCCUUAGAUGGUGACAUUAUGAGACUAUGUGGGUUUGGGUGCUAGAAAAGUUGUCCUUCCCCCACUAUUUUUCUAAGAUUUGUCAUUUAUCAACAAGAGGCAAUCUGCCGCAGGAGGCUGUCUGUGAACAUUCUUACUUUAGUGCCAUUAGUCUGUCUCUGUAGGUUUUAUUAUUUAGGCUUGAUGGCCAGUAGUUCUUAUCAAAACUAAUACUAUUUGAAGUAGUGGGUUUCUGGUGGUCAAACAACCAGUAUCAGGAUUUGUUCUGUCUGGCUAUUAUUGCCAGAGACAGUAUUUUUUUAAACUUUAGCUUUAUUUCAAGGUGUGUCAAUUCUAUUUUCUAAACAAGUUUCUGUGAUAUCUUUGUCUCUAGAAAAUCACAUCUACUCAAAUGUAUUUAUGUAUGCGCUGCUUCUGUAAGCACAUUGACAUCCGCAUAGUAUCUACCGGCACAAUCUUGUGUUAAUCACCAGACCCUCAGAUGGUCAAGUUCGACCGUUGUAUUUGACUCUUUUACUCAGAAAUUAGGACCAUUAAAAUUAAAAAUACUGUGGAGUGUUGAACUUUCCGGUCUGCAGUGUAAAAGAAGAUUUCAACUUACAUAUAUUUGCCUUAUUUAUUUCUCCAUUAUUAACAGGCAAAUAUUUUGAUUAUUUUAAAGUUUCAUCUUGUGAUACAUGUUUAGAUUGUUCCACGCUGGUGAUAAGUAUUUCGUUAUAACUUACAUGUAAAAGGCAUCCCACGGAGAUUUGGUAUUUUAACAAGAGCUUAAACAGAAAUUGCAUUACCUUUUACAUGCUUUGUCUUUAUAACAGCAACACAAUUGUUCUAAAGGUAGGAAGAAUAAGAGAAGUUUUCAUUUUGUCUUUUUCAAAUGAAUUGAUCUCUCAAAUAAUCCAAAACAACCCUUAACUUAGAACGUUGACAUUUGCAGGAGAGUGAAACUAUAUAUUUUAGUUUGAUUCAUUCUCUCUCCACAAAAUUCACUUUAAAAUGGUUUCAUCAUUAUAACAGCCCCACUUAAAUUGUUUUAUUUGUAGUCAUAUUCCUCACCCCAUGAAUGUAUUAAUCUUGGAUUUUCUUUGACUGAGUCAGAACUGAAGUGUAGCAAUUAUUUUUUGAAAAAUAUUUUUUGUGAUGAAUCACUCAAUUCUACUCCUGAAAACAACAUUACACUAUAUGUUAACUAACUAGAAUUUAAAUAAAAAUUUGAAACAUGAAAAAAUACAUGUAUCGUUUGAUUGCCAAAAAAAAUUUUAAGAUAAAAAAAUGUACUUGGUUAGAAAUUAACCCUUAUCAUCCAGGGAUUUUCUGUAUCUUUUUUAAUCUUAGUAUUUCCUUGGUCAUCUAUUUCAUGAAAAAUGAAGUCUUAUUGGUGUUUGUUUCCCAACAGAAAACGAUCACUUAGUGACUCUAAAGCCCAGCCCCUCACUUUAAUUGAGAUUUUUGUACUGUAAUGUAAGUGUCUGAGUUUUUGAGACCCUAAGGCUUUCACCCAACUUGAAGACAAUGAUGCCAGUGAGCUUCUGUCCAGAGUUAAUCAGCUGCAGAAUUUGUAAACUGCACAUGUGUCAAAGUUGAAAAUGUUAGCACUCUAAUAGAAGCUUGAAAAGGUUAGAUCUGAUAAAAGCCGUCAGCAGUUAAAGAAAGUGAUUUAUGGGAUUGUAAUGACACAAAAUGCCUCAUUUAUCACUCAUCUAUAGAUAGGUUAAGGUUCCUGUGUCAUACUUUUAAAAACUUGACCACUAAGAAUUGUCAAAAUAGGUACUUAAUUGCCCUUCAUCCUUUUCCUUUUGAAUUUAUUUCAUUUGAGUUUGGUAAUUUUAUCUACGAUCACUUUACUGUCGUUCACUUCAUAUGGUUCCAUUUAAAGUCGUUCAUAUUUUGGAUUUUCAAAAACUGUACAUCACUGAUCUUUUUGAAGUUUUAUUAGCUAAAGCUGUUGCAAGGAAAGACUCAGUCAAUCUUAUAUAUGUUAAUUUACUUUUUUGUUUAUCACGAAUACUGUGGAGAUAUAUGAAAGUUUCAUUUUCUCUUUUCAAACACUUGUAAUUUUCAUUAGCAUUUUAUAAUCCUCUAAAUUUUCUAUAUAUCUCUCCUUAAAAAGUACAACAUUAGAUUUUAAAAGACAGAGCCAUCAAUUGGUUUACCGUCCUAGUAACUCAACUUAAUAUUUAAGCUCCACACAAAUUAAAUUUAAUGAAAACCUGCCUGUCUGCUUAAAUGAUCCUUUUAAAAAAAAAAAAAGGAGGGGGCAGCUAAAAACAAAAGUUAAGAGACAUGCCAGCUUUCUUUCUUAGGUUGAUUUAAAAGUAAUUAUUUCUUUAUACAUUCUAAGAAAAGUAUUUGUAAGGUUGGAAUUGCUAGACAUUUAUUUGCUUAUUUGAUGUCAUUUAAUUUAUGCGUAAAUAUGUUAACACUGUUACAUAAAAACUAUUGUAGAAACUGCCAAUAUAUCAAAGUAAUUUUAUAAAGCACACAUUUUAGGCAGGAUUAUUACAGUUUCAGGCUCUCUAGUAUGAAGGGUGGAAUUGUUUAAUGGCUUUUUGGAAAUUAUUCAGAUCAUUAAAUAGGCCUAAGUGUCUCACUGUUCCCCCCCUUUGCCUCCCUAUAGCCAAAAAUUAAUUUGAAAAUUUUGACAGGUUUCACUUUCUCAGCUGUGCAUUAUACUU